CUUUGCUUUUUCCACGCUCGUGUGCUGUUUACCCAACCUUUCCCCCCUUCGUGAAUGGUGUUGUGCUUUAAGAUCGACGCGCGUCUCUACCCUUCUUCUUCUUCUCGACUUUGCGUAAUCUCUGUGUGUUACCGAUUCGGGGAUAGGUAUAUUUUAUCCUCGAUCACGUCAUUACACGGGAGUUAAAGACACGUUAUUACGAAUUCGCAUUACUCAUUGUAAAUUCGACGUUUCACGGAAUAACGCGUUCUGUCUUCGUGUUGUUUCGCGAAUCGUCGUUACUCUCGAUUAAAACGAAAAGAAGAAGAAUAAUAAAAGAGCUACUAGUGGCAACACGGACGGCACCAUAGACCCGAUAUUGUCUCGAUAGUUUUUAAUCUUUUUUAUUCGUAUUAUUUUUCUCUUUUUUAUAUUUUAUUUUUCUUCUUCGAAGUAAGAGAGAAAGAGAGAGAAGAGAGAGAGAGAGAGAGAGAGAGAGAGAGCUUGCGCGCGUGGUGCUUGCGCGGACUCCAUUAUCUCUCUCUCUUUCUCACGCGAGGAGAGAACCGGCGAAGCCGCGAAUCAUCGCAAAGUCCGCGCGGCUCUUCUCCUACGCGGACCGCCAAGUCCCUUUCCCUCGCUCCUUUCCUCCUCGACCCGCGCCUCCCCUCCCCACCAAUCCCGGCGAGAGAUAGUUCCUCGCGCGACGACGACGGCAAACACGGCGUGGACGGACGCAUCAUACACACGAGAAACAUGUCGUCUGGGGCAGGGUCAAGUGGAACCGGAAGAGGUCGUGGUUCAUCGUUGGCAGACAAUAAGCCAGAAAACAAAGAAACCAAGCCAAAUCCAAAGAUGUCGAAAGCUCUAGGAACUUCUGCUAAAAGGAUACAGAAAGAAUUGGCUGAAAUCACAUUAGACCCACCUCCAAAUUGCAGUGCAGGGCCAAAAGGAGAUAAUUUGUAUGAGUGGGUAUCUACGAUAUUGGGUCCUCCAGGUUCUGUAUACGAAGGAGGUGUAUUUUUUCUUGACAUACACUUUUCUCCAGAAUACCCCUUUAAACCUCCAAAGGUCACAUUCCGAACACGUAUUUAUCACUGCAAUAUCAACAGUCAAGGAGUGAUCUGUUUGGACAUAUUGAAAGACAAUUGGUCUCCUGCACUUACAAUUUCGAAAGUGUUACUUUCUAUAUGCUCCCUUCUCACAGACUGUAAUCCAGCUGAUCCUUUAGUGGGUAGUAUAGCAACACAAUAUUUACAAAACAGAGAAGAACACGAUCGCAUAGCACGGCUAUGGACCAAGCGUUACGCUACAUGAGCAUAUUUGUAAUACAUAUGUAACUCCUAUUAGUCUCAUGCCAAGUUCUCAUCAACUGCUGUUCUCAUCAAAACGUCUCACAAUAGCUAUUAUACAUCUUUAUCCAUGAUUAUACUGGUCGAGAAACUCUACGUGAAGACCUUUUGAGAUCAGCUUGACCAUGAUUGUGAUGUGCUUUAUUUCAAGGAUGUAAUGUGCCUAAGAUGAAUGAAUGUGUGUGCAAGUAUAAUGUGUUAGGGCAUGAAAUAGGAGUUUUUCACCUAAAAAUUAUGACGGGAUAGUAUUUAAAUGGAUUGUAUUGUAUGCAAACAAUACCAAGCCGAUACUGCUAACACUUGUAGGGUAGGUGAUAUCAUGAACAAUAUAAUUAAAAAUUAAAUUAUAAGUAAUUAGGUGCAUAGUUUGUGAAACGUGAAUCUAGAAAAGCACGAUUCUCCACAAUGUAAACUCCAAUAUUUUUAUAUUUACUCAAUUUUAUUAUAUUUUUAAAUUAUAUUGUUUAAAUGUAAUUUUAAUUCAAUUUUAUCCAAAUUGGCCAUACCAACAUUACGUGUGCACCUAUUCGGAAUUUUUACCAAGUACAUCUUCUCCAAAGAAAAUAUUGGAAUUCGCAAGAACAUAAAAUCCAAUUAUAAUAUUUGGGGCCACCUGCAAAAUCUUUGUAACUGUAAAUAAAUAUCAUUUCCUGUAUAUUCGAACUAGUACAUGAAGAAACUGGAAUUUCUAUUGUCUACAUGCGUAUGUAUAAAUUGUCUUAUUAGCCAUAAGUAUUCCGUACUAUCACAUUACCGUACUUCAUUACUCUUUUUUUGGUAUUUGUACUUUAUUUUUCUUUAGGAAAAUGGCUGUGCCACAAAACAAAUUAAGAAAUGUUUUACUCGUUUUAUAAUCUGUUGUGUAGUAGCCAUUUCAUAUUCAAUGUGUUCACUAAAGUAUUGAACUUCUUUUUUUUUUUUUUCUACUAAGAGAUCCUUUUUGGAUUAUACGAUAUUGAUCGAUUUAUACAAAUUUUUCUUUCAUGUAAUUUCUAUAUAAUUAGAACACAUCUAUGGCAAGAGACGAAAGAUAAUGGCUUUUAAUGGCAAGGUGGACCAACAGACCACUUUGUAAAUAAUUCAGAUCGAAGGAGCAAGUUGUUGCUUGGAAAACUGGGUGGUAAUGUGUGUGACUGCAAUUUAUAUACCUUGUAAUAAACAAUCAGUAAAACUCAUUCAAUUUAACAUUGUACAGUUUUAUGAUGUAAACUAAGCUUUUAAGAUUUUUCUCUUCGAUGUCAGAAUUCUCUUGUAAAUAUCACUGUGUGAAAUGACUUUGCAUGAUGAGGUGAGACUUUCUUUCUCUUUCUCUCUCUCUCUCUCUCUCUCUCUCUCUCUCUCUCUCUCUCUCUCUUCUCUUUUUCUUUCUCUUACACCUCCAUUAUAGACAUAAUCGUUUUAUUCAUAAUUUUACUCGGUUCCCAGAUUACUUGAGAAUGUUAGGUCUUCUGGUUUUUGUAAACUGUUGAACGAACAUCAAAUUUUGUAUGUUGCUUAGUGUGAAAGCGGCGCAUUAAUUCUAUUUAGGAAUUGUAAAUACGUCGAUAUACAAACAUAUUUGUCGAACGUGCAUAUUUGCUGUUUAUAAGAGUAGUAAUGGAAUAUAAUCAAUCUUGCUCUUCCUUAACUAGAGAGAGCUGCAAAAACAAAAACAAAAGACUUUGUCUAUGAAAGUGCAUAAUGCAGUUUACUAUAAUAUCCUGUUAAAUAGAAUUUAACUAAGGAUCGCUCUCCGUUUGUAUUCCUUUUGUAACAAAUCAUCAGGGGAAACGUUCCAUUCCAAGAAAAUAAUUAAUUCCAAUUUUUAUCCAUUUUCUUUUUUUUUUGAGAGAUUUCUUUAUCUAUAAGUUCUUCGAUUAAGUGAUAUUUCAUUUCGCAAUUUUUAUUAGACAAAGAGAUUAUGUUACAUUGUAUUUUAAAUAUAUUUCAUAUGUUCAAAGUUAUGCUGCAUUAUUCACAAAGAUAAAUAUGCGCUAUCCACAGAAACUAUUUAACUGACGAAUGCGAUUGUAAUCUCUCUCAUUCACUAAAGACAGAAAGAGGCUACAGCUCUGGUGAUAUCAAAAUGGCAAAAAAAAAAAAAAAAGAGAAAUGAGAGAUCCACUAAUCCUAAUCAAUGAUGGAUGUUAGUCUGCUACCGAAUGGUCUGCAUAAAUAUAAAUUACAAUAAAAUAAACUGAUUAUAAAAUUAUAA